AUGACGGGUCCUCGACUUCUGUUCCAGACUCCUCCCCUCCGCAAGAAGCACUCCUCCGGUGGAGCCAGCUCGUCUGAGACCGUUAGCCUUGCAUGCUAUUGGCACCUCCGGAACAUCGCUAAGGCUGCGACGGGUCCCUCUCAAGUUAUCAGUGUCCUUAACCAUACCUUGGCUGCCCACCUCCGCGCCCUUCGUCUCAUGCCGACGUACCAGGGAAUCGGCGUUUCCGGGACUACUAUCAUGUCGCUCGAUCCUCGUGGUGAACUACUCGCAGUGCGCAACGUAGCCAACGGACCCAAGAAGGUCGUCGUCCAGGAGGAGAACAUUCGCCGCGUGCACUUCCUGCCGCCCCGCCUCCGCAAGGGCUCCCGAGCAUCGACGCUAACCGGACUCACGCCCAUGUACACCUCCGCCUCGCGUUCGACAACGCGUCUCUGGCACCCCUACGCCGCCGCCUUCGCCUCCGAAAGCCCGCGCGAAGGCGAGCAACCUUCCCGCUCUUCCCUCGCCCAAGACGCGCUUUCCCAUCGCGAAUCCGACGCAAAAGGCCCUCGCUCCCGCAACUACUCGUCUUUCCACCUCUCAGGCCCCGGGAAUUCCACGACCCGCAAUCCGCUCUCUGGACGCUCCAUCAGCGGCGCUACCACCAACGCCGCUCCCGAUAUGCUCGGGAUCCUGGUCCCUGUCAUCCUCCUUGACUUCGUUUUCCGGAUACACUGGCACUGCGACGCCCGACAGGUUAACCGCACGAUCGAUGAUGCACUCGGAGACUUCAGCACAGGCCUUCGUCCAACCUAUUCGGCGGUAAACUCCGUCAGCCAGUGGUCUUACGGACCGAACUGUACCGUGUGCGCAUUCAAGCCCAACGUGUCCAAGCUCUUCGAUGGAGGAUGGUACGAAACGUCGGUUUUUGUAGGCAGUACCGCGCCGGAGCCAUCUAUGACAUUCGAGUUCAAUGGCACGGCGGUCUGGAUCAUCUCGAUGCUGCCGCUGUCCGUUCCAGCUCCAGACACCGGAUCUAUAAACGCGACUAUGAUCAUCGACGGAGGUCCUCCCACGCGAUUUACGCAUACGUCUGGAACGAGCGACCAGCCGAUCUUCGGUUACAAUUUCACCAUAUUCGCGAAUACCGACUUGGAUCAGGGGUUGCAUAAGGUCGAGCUCACGGCGCAUGCCGGGAUUACCGGAUCGUAUCUGUCAUUCGACUACGCCGUCUAUAGCACCACUGAGGACGACAUCACCAGCCCAACUCCACUUAGCUCAAGCCUGGUCACCACGAGCAGCUCCGGUACGGAAAGUCCGACCCCUAUCAGUUCGAAACCAGUGAGCCCCAGUCCGACCAGUACAAGUUUGGCCAAGAAGUCGUCGAGUUUUCCCAAGGGCGCUGCGGCAGGCAUCGUCCUCGGUUGCCUUGUAGUUGUGCUCGCUCUGGGACUCUUGGCGCGGCGCUUCUUCAAACGACGCAAUGAUCCCGAACUUGAAGGAGGCGUCCGAGCCAUUCCAUUUGACUCAGAGAUCAAGCCUGAUGCUCGACAAGCACCUCCAGUUCUCUCCAUCGUACCCUUAGACUAUGCAAGCCCGCUUUCCCCAUCGAAAGGCAGAAGGGCCGACCAAGACAUUCCCUAUGGUUCCCCGGUCUCCUCCAUUCCAACAUCGAGUAUAAUCGCCACGUCAACGACGAACCCCGUUGGCUCCGAGGAAAACUUGCUUCGGGACCAGUUGCAGGCGCUGCAAGUCGAGGUUGAACGGAUCCGAGCAGAUCAGAUGCCGCCUGCGUACAGCAGUCCACCAGAAGUUGUAGAAGCUCCAACACAGAGAGCCAGGCCCUUACCACCGAGUCCGAGGCCAAAGUAG